CAGGCCACGCCCCUGAGUGUCAGUUUUCGUUUGACAGUGAGUAAAGUUUGUUGGGAGUCGUUGAGUUGUCAGUGAUUUUAACCUUUUUGCUUAAUUUCGCCUGUUUUUUUCGGAUUUUACUAUAACAAUGGAAUAACAAAUAAGAAUGGUGGUGAAUUCAGUCCACUGGUUUCGUAAAUGUCUGCGGUUGCACGAUAAUCCUGCGCUGCAGGAGGCCCUGAAUGGAGCGGACGCAGUGCGCUGUGUUUAUAUUCUAGACCCCUUUUUUGCUGGAGCUGCUAACGUGGGAAUCAACCGAUGGAGGUUUCUCUUGGAAGCUCUGGAGGACCUGGACAGCAGUCUCAAGAAGCUCAAUUCCAGGCUUUUUGUAGUCAGAGGCCAGCCUACAGAUGUGUUCCCCAGGCUUUUCAAGGAGUGGAACGUGACCAGGCUGACCUUUGAAUAUGACCCAGAGCCUUACGGGAAAGAGAGGGAUGGCGCAAUCAUUAAGUUGGCCCAAGAAUUUGGAGUGGAGACCAUUGUCAGAAACUCUCAUACCCUCUACAACCUAGAUAGGAUAAUAGAGAUGAACAACAACAGUCCUCCUCUGACGUUUAAGCGUUUUCAGACUAUUGUGAGCAGACUGGAGUUGCCUAGGAGACCUCUGCCUCCCAUCACUCAGCAACAAAUGGACAAAUGUCACACCAAAAUAGAAGACAACCAUGACCAGCUAUACAGUAUCCCUUCUUUAGAAGAAUUAGGUUUCAGGACAGAUGGUUUACCUCUGGCUGUGUGGCAUGGAGGAGAGUCUCAGGCAUUGGACAGACUCGGUAAACAUCUGGACAAAAAGGUGUGGGUAACCAGCUUGGAGCACUCCCGUGUUAAAACCUGCUCUCUAUAUGCCAGUCCUACCGGUCUCAGCCCCUACCUGCGUUUCGGGUGUCUGUCCUGCAGGGUUUUGUACUACAACCUGAGAGAGCUCUACAUGAAGGUCCGCAAACGCUGUACUCCUCCUCUGUCCCUGUUCGGCCAGCUCUUAUGGAGGGAAUUCUUUUACACUGCAGCCACCAACAACCCAAACUUUGACCGUAUGGAUGGAAACCCCAUCUGUGUCCAGAUCCCAUGGGACCAGAACCCAGAAGCACUGGCCAAGUGGGCUGAGGGUCGGACUGGUUUCCCCUGGAUCGACGCCAUUAUGACCCAGUUGAGACAAGAGGGCUGGAUCCACCACCUGGCGCGGCACGCUGUGGCCUGCUUUCUCACCAGGGGAGACUUGUGGAUCAGCUGGGAGAGCGGCAUGAAAGUGUUUGAGGAACUGCUGCUGGAUGCAGACUGGAGUGUGAAUGCUGGUAGCUGGAUGUGGUUGUCCUGUAGUGCUUUCUUUCAGCAGUUCUUCCACUGCUACUGUCCUGUUGGCUUCGGAAGGAGAACUGACCCGACGGGAGACUACAUCAGGCAUUACAUCCCCAUUCUUAAGGACUACCCGAACCGGUAUAUCUAUGAGCCAUGGAACGCCCCUGAGUCACUACAGAAAGCAGCCAACUGUGUGGUGGGAGUGGAUUACCCCAAACCCAUGAUCAACCAUGCAGAGAGUAGUAGGCUUAACAUUGAGAGGAUGAAACAAGUUUACCAGCAGCUUUCCCACUACAGAGGACUCAGUCUGCUAGCAUCUGUACCAACAAUCCAGGAAGAAGCAGAGCCACCGAUGACUGAUGAGUCCCAGACCAGCAGUGGCCCAGAUUCUCCUCAAAGAGUUCCUGCAAACACAGAGGAAGAUGUCUGCUAUGAAGCUCCUGAUUCUUCGACAGUCUGUCCAUCCUCCACAUCAGCCCCACAUCCAGACCAGGAGUACCAGGCUCCUUGCAUCUCCUCAGGUUGCCACACUGAUCCCAGUCAUCCUCCUUCCCUUUCCUCAAUACAGGGACACAGCCCACCGUUAAAGUCCAAACCGUGCUCCCCUUCAUCUUCUUGUUCAUCUCAGUCAUCCUCAUUGGGAACAAAGAGAAAAGGCCUUAGCCGCAAGGUGCGACGUGGCCAAAGGCAGCGAGGGCGACAGUACUGCACUCUAACAGCUCGCGAGGAGGCUACAGGACAAGAGGAGACGAUGGAGGAGGACAUGGAGCAGGAGGAGGAAAGAAUGGAGGAGGAAGAGGAGACUUGUGCAGAAACUGCAGGACAGCUAGAGUGAUAAAAGGUGGAAUGUAAAAGAAGAAUGAGGGAAGAAAUAAAUCCCGCACACCGGGACACGUAAAGACACACAAAGAACAAUCUUCUGGAUAUGUGGAUAAAUACAAACAGAAGCAUGUAUAUAACACUAGUGAAAGAUGUACAAAAGCAUUUAGAUCCUACUUCAGUCAAGAGAAAUGCUAAAAAGCUGUCUAGAUGAGCAUUUUAAUCAUAUCAUUAAAAGUAACUUGACUGCAUGUGGAGGUUCAUUUCCCUCAGAAAUUCUUAAGUAUGAGUAAACGUUUAUAGAAUUCCACCUCUGAAGCACACGGUGAAUAAGAAGCAAUGUCAACUUCUUCACACUGAAGCCAUACAACACACAGUGGCACUUGUUCUUCCCUUAGCACUCAAUGUGUCUGUCAUAUUUCUGCACUAGACAAUCUCUAAGGUGAAAUGACGAUUUUACAUACAGUGACUUGUUACUAUGCUUUACGAGGUUUAACGAGUGAUGAUCUGAAUUGCAAACUAAAUGAAGAUGAACAAGUAAAGCUAAGUAUGCUGGAAACCAUCUGUGGCGGAGGUGUGGUCCCGGGCGCGUCUGCAGGGGAGGAGUGGUGCAGUGUUUUCACCGGCAUCUCCAGCACCGCCCCGUUGAGCCCACUGCACCACUCCUCCCCUGCAGACGCGCCCGGGACCACACCCCCGCCACACCAUCUUGUGCUCUUUGAUAGAAGAAAUUCAACGUCACUUCUUCAAGUUCAACCUGACAUAGGCCGGCCAUCUUGAGAGUUCACAAUUAUAUUUUGUACAGGGAUGGUUAGCAGUAGACAACUGUGCACUUGUCGUAGCAUGGGGAACCGUUCCAGUUAAGAACUGGUACCACACUGCACAGUCUUCAUCUUUAACUACAGCUGCAGGUAUCAGCCCACCAAAAGCUUCAGGCAAGUUUUACUGGGUUAUACACUAGGUUCAGAUUUUGCAGCAUCCCAAUCUUCCCUUUAAAGGAAAGACCAAGGGUAGAUUGGCUUUAUUUUGUGCACUGUAUAAAGUUGUAUCUUCAACUUUUUGCCAUCUUUUCUUACCAAAGACUGAGCAUUAGCCCAUGUAACAUGGAUUUUCUUGUCAAAGAAACAGACUAGACUUAACUUGCUCUCGACCAAGUUAAGUCUAGUUGUUAAAGCUCAAACACCUUCAAAACUGAAGUUGCUGUAACACAUACAGCCAAAUUCAAAAAAGUUUCGGGGGCUUUUUUGUUUUUGUAAAUAGUUUUGACGAAGAAAAGCACCAAGACUUCUUUUUUUUUUCUACUCAAAAAAAUACACAGACGUGAAAUGGUUUUAUGCUCAUGUUGAGCAUUAAAUCAGCUGGGUUUUUCUUCUUCUUCUCUUUUUUUCUUCUUCUCAGUCUGAAUCUUGCAUGUGGCUUCAGUGUGAAGACAGUUUUAGGAGGCACUUGUUUACACAGUUGCUCCAAGCUCCAACUGUUUGUAAAUACUGUAAAUCCCCAAUUUUGAAUAUAUCUGAUAUUUUUUGUUACUAACUAUGGUAACUAGGGAAUUGGCUAAUAUUUGAUUGUCUAUGAAUCCUUUGUGUAUUUGAUGGUUUGUGGAAAAAAUGGCAAAUGGCUGACUGAAUAUGACAGUGGAUCCUGUAGAUAUGGUGCAGGGGGAUGGCAGGCAUGAAAGAGUCAUUUUCCUCUGUGGCAACUUAAGAUCCUGCUUGUGUCACCUGAAUAUAGCAGAAACAAGUGUUGUGCUUUUCUCCUCACAUUUAUCUGUUUGUAUAUAAAAUUAAAUAUCAUAACCUGUCUAUUUUGCUAGAAAUAGUAUGGAGGGGUUUUCAUAAAGGCUCAUGGCUGCCCAGAGUGUCCACUAGAGGGCAACACCAGAUCCAGCAGUGAGUGUACUACAGUGAUUCCACAGCUUGUUUUUUCUCUUCGCCUGCAGGAAUAAUAAUAAUAAUAACGAUAAUAAUAAUAAAGUUAAACUGACUAUCAUUCCCUUGUUUCCUUCAACCAACAAUUUUAAAAAGAAAGUGUUUUACUUUUUGAAUAGAUUGGAUUAGCUUAAUCGCUUUCUUUCACCAGCAAAGUUCAAAGAUCUUCAGGAUCAUGGCUCAACAGCUAUGAAUAAGUAAAGUGACACACAUCGGUACACCCUGAAAUAAUUUUGCAAUUGAUAUAUUAUCUGCUGAUUAUUAGUAAUUUAAAAAAAAUUCUAGGUGACAACUUUAACUUUAGCAUAAAAUAUUUUUAUGAAUGAUUAGUCACUUUGCCAAAACAAAUUGCAGGAAAUUGUAUUUUUUUUAAGUCAGCUACCAUAGACAUCUCCAACUUAUAUUGAUAGACAGAAAUAAAAGACUACUUCAAUAAAAGAUGUACUUUUCCUUUGUGUCAAACAAAUCUCCGUAAAUGUAAUUAUUAAAUAUAAUUAUGAAGUCUAUAACUUGUAAUUUAUAUGCACAUGUUUGUGUAAAACAAAAAAGGUAAAUUUGACAACCAUGCAUAAGUCAAAUUUACCUGCAGGAGAAAAAAGCAAGUGGAAACUAUACGCUGGCCAGAAAAGUUCAGUUCCAACUUUUCCUAGAAGCAACAGCAGUGCUGACAUGCUGGUGUGCUCCUUCACAUUCUACUUGCUGACAGCAUAAUGUGUUGCCUGAGUCCAGCAUGAAAUACUUGGUUAUUUAUUUGUUUUGUAUUCUAAACAUAAUGUUUAUUUUCAUUAAAACUGAUGAAAAGUUG